AGGCCAAUUGGCACCGGAACAGGAGCAUCACGGCAUCUGGUUUCGUAGGGGAAGGUUUAAGAAGCCUUCCCACAGUCGGACUUCCGCUUCCGGUCCUCGGAAUCGGUACGCGGUCGCUAUGGAAGAACAGGAGAUGCAACUCAAGGGAAAGAAAGUCACAGACAAGUUCACUGAGAGUGUCUAUGUCCUGGCCAAUGAGCCGUCCGUGGCCCUGUACCGGCUGCAGGAGCACGUGCGCCGCUCUCUGCCUGAGCUGGCCCAGCAUAAGGCCGACAUGCAGCGCUGGGAGGAGCAGAGCCAGGGAGCCAUUUACACAGUGGAGUAUGCCUGCAGCGCCGUGAAGAGCCUCGUUGACAGCAGCGUCUACUUCCGCAGCGUGGAGGGUCUUCUCAAACAGGCCAUCAGCAUCCGGGACCACAUGAAUGCUGCCGCCCAGGGCCACAGCCCUGAGGAACCGCCCCUGCCCUCCUCACCUUGAUCCUGGAAGAGACUUGGAGGUGCUUUGGCCCCUCUGGCUCAGGUCAGUGCCAAGUGGGGUUGUGAGCUCUGUAAUCUGUGCUCUGAACUAACCCACCCUCUCCAUGUCCAAGAAGGGACCUGCUUGUCUAACCUCUUGGACUUUCUCCCCAGGCUUGUAGGAUGCUUUCAUCGGUGGGAGGCUUCUGGGUGGCAGGGACCUUGAGCCCUCUGCUGCUCUGGACAUUGUCAGCCCGUCUCCCUCGUGUUCUCUGUGCCAAUCCCCUGCUCCUUAUCCAGGCCACAGGCCCUGUCGCCAUCCCAGGUUCCCCCUGCCAAGACAGAAAGGGGAGCCCACGUUUUGUGGCUUUACUCACACACGUUCUCUCAGGCAGAGCCCAGCGUGAUGGUACCCACCCAGCUUAGGAAUCUUCGCUCCACUGCUCACCUGCUGUGUGACCCUGAGAAAGUCCCUCUCCUCUCUGGUCUCCGCUUUUCCCUUCUGUCACAGUGGUUCAGCAGACAGCAGAGGGUGCUGCUGCCUAGUGAUGUGUGCCGUAGCAAUCGGCUAUUGCUGCAUGACAAACCAUCCCCAAACUUAGUGGCCGACAACCCCAGGCAUUUGCCUGCUCACAGUUCUGCAACUUGGGCUGGGCUCGGCGGGGAGGCUUUCCUGGGCUUACAUGGACUUACAACUCUUGGGCACUCAUCAGACUUCGAAGGGGCGACAUAGUCAGAGGUGGCCUGCUCACACAUCUGGAUCUUGACCUGUGCCAUCGGCUGCAGGGGUCCCCGCCUCCUCCACGUGGCCUCCCCAGCAGGCCAGCCUAGGCUUCUCCUGGUGACGGGGUGCCAAGAGGGCAGCCCUCCUGUGUCUGAGCCCGUCCAACGGGUUCUUGCUUCACACUGUGAAUGAUCCGUUGGUCAAGGCCAGCCAUGCGGCCAGACCAAGAACCUGAUGAGAGAGGACUGCUGGAAGGCAUCAGUACCGGGAGGUGUGAUUGACCGUGUGAGGAGAGCAUGCCACCAAGAAAGGCCUGGCAUGUUGUCACUGUGCCCAUGUAGGGCAGACCCUGGCAGAUUGGAGGCACCUGAGGGACACCCUGAGCCCGGGCUGUUAUUCCCGAAACCCUGCCCAUUUGCCAAGUACUAAUGCUCAGGGGGCUUGGGAGGCGAGAGUGGGGACGGGGCCUCCACAGCCCCAGAGCAACAGUCUCCAGAGACCAGAGGCAGCAGAGUUGAUGUGUAUGCAAAGUACUUAUUAAGCACCUGCUGUGUGCUAGGCUUAGCUCUGUGGCUGGGGGUAGUGAAGAUCCCUGCCAGCUGUGGGAUUCCCUUGGGAGCAUCUGGGAGGACCUGGGCCAGGAGGAGCUGCCACGAGGGUCAGCAGCCCACCCUGGUGGCCCACACAGUGUCGCCCACCAGCCCCAGGCCUACACCCCACCGUCUCCCCACCCUCAGCUCCUCGCUCUGGUCACUCCCAGCAUCCAGGCUCAAGGACACCAUCCCGCUGCCCUCCCCACACCCUGUGUCAUCUGCUGUCCCUCUGCUGCUGCACCCCCUUGGAAUAAAAUUCUCUGGCUUCUCCUGA